UGUUACUCAUUUGUUUUCGUAAGUUACAAGUUAAUAUAACUUAGAAUCUAUUAUUUACUAUUUAGGGUCAAUAUUCUUGAUGAAAUUAAUGAUACUAUAAAGUGUUAUUAUUUAAACGAUAAGGUUACAAUCGGAUUGAAGUCGUAUCGUCCUACAGUUUAUAUACAUAUAUAAAUUUUAUCACGUGCGUCAAAAGUUCGUUGCUCUUGUGCUAAACUGUAAAAAAUACUGCCUUUUAAUAUAGUUUAAACGCUUAUUCGUAGUUUUUUUUAUUCAAUCCGCGGGCAAUUCAUUGAAGGAUCAUGAAUACUUUUGAGAUUACCCAGUCAAUGAACUGGUAUAAAUCUAAUAUCAUGGCUAUGGAUGAUACUGGAAAUUUAAUUGCAUAUGGCUCAAGAUCUAUUGUUGUAUUAGUUAAUGGUUUAGAUGGUAAUAGUGUCUAUGAUUUAAGAUAUAAUCGUCUUAGACUAAAUACAAAAAUGGGUUGUGGCCGUAUUGGAGCAGUAUCAUUUUCUCCUAAAACAGAUUUUUUUGAAAAUGCUCACUAUUUGGCUUGUAUAGAUGAAGUUAAUAUUUACAUUUGGAAAGUAAAAAACAUGGUUUGUGAUCUCAUACAUUCAUUUGGAAAUAAAAAGAAUAAGAACAUAACUCUAUUGGAUGUUACAUGGUUGUAUGGAUGUUUAACAGUUGUAGCAUUGUCGGAUGCUGGGACUUUACACAAGUGGGAUAUUCAAGCAUUAACAAUGCGUAAUUAUACGUUAGAUGUUAAAGCCACACCUUUAACAUUAGCUGCUUGUCCUCAUAAAAAGAAUUUAAUUGCUAUAGGAUGUAAAAAUGGUCAUCUAUUUGUCUAUGACUUAACUGGCGAAGGCCAAUUAUUACAUAAAUUGCACUACCAUGAAAGAAAUAUAAAUUCUUUGGCUUGGUGUCCAGUUCCUUAUAGUCCAUUUAGUUCUGAUCAAUCUACUGAACCUUUAUUACUAGCAUCAAUAGCCUGUGAUAGAACUGGUUUAUGUAUAAGCCGUGCUGGUUUAGACAUGUUUAAUGAAACUACAGUCGCAUUACCUAUGAGACCACUGAGAAAAACUCCUUUCAAAAAUAAAAAUAAUUUAAUUUGGAGUUGUGUUAAUUGGAUAAAACCAACAAUUCUUAUUGUUACAUCUGGUUUUGGAGAAAUUCUUAAAGUAGAAAUUAAACCAGAUAUGAUAUCUGAACCAAUAGUGACUUUGAUAAGUGAUACCCACAAGGAUAUAAUUUUUUCUAUAGCAUGCCCUCGGGAAUUAGCUAAACCAUAUUUAUGGUCAUCAUGUAUGGGCAGAAAAUUAAUUCGAACUCGCUUACUUAAUAAUAGAGAAGAAACUCCCGAAUCACCAUUGGAAAUACCAACACUUGGUGGUUUUGUUUAUUGUUUUGCACUUUCCCCAGUUAAUUCAGCUGACUUUGCAUUUGGUCUUGGUGAUGGAAGAAUUUAUUAUUGGAAUGUAUCUAAUAAACGUCAAUUGGAGUUAAUCACAUUGAGUCAUUCCGUAGACUCAAAAGUGUUAUCAUUAGCAUUUCAUCCACAAGAUGAAGGUUUGCUAGCGUAUGGUACAGGAGAUGGACGUGUUGGGGUUUUUAAUUUAACCAAAAAAAGACAUAAUGUUAAUUUAUUAAAAACUGUACUUGCUAAUCCAAUUUACCGGUUAUGUUGGGCACCAUUUCCAAAUACAAAGACAGUUAAUGAUGCACCACUUGCUCUAUAUGCAGUUGGUAGUGGAAAAAUUAUAAUUUAUAAUGAUAUGAAUCUUUGGAAAGAUCCAUUUAAUCUAAAUGAAUUUACUCAAUUUAAUGAAAUUGAAGAUAAACUAUCGACACCUGUUAAACGUAUUGAAAUGGCUUGGAAACCAAAUUAUGAUGUAGUUGCAAUAGGAAAUUCCAAUGGGAGUAUUUAUUUAUUAGAUGGAAACACAUUAAAACUUAAAUAUGUAGUAAGUGGCCAUGAUCAAUCUGUUGAGUGUAUUAUUUGGCAUCCAACACAUGUAACUUCUGACUAUAGUGAAGAGUCUAAGUAUAAAAAUUAUUUUGCAUCAAGUUCCCACUGCAUUAGAGUCCAUAAAUUUAAUGAGGAUUGUGAACCUUCAUUAGUUGUUGAAUUUAAAGGACACAAAGAAAAAAUUAAUGAGUUAGCAUGGAGUCCUCAUCAUAAUUUAAUACUUUUGAGUUGUUCAAAUGAUUUUACUGCAAAAGUAUGGAAUGUGGAAAAAUGUACACUUAUUGGAGUUUAUUCAAAACAUUUAUGUACUGUAUUGUGUGGUAUAUUCUCACCUUGUGAUGCUGAUAUAGUAUUUACUGGUUCUGCUGAUCACUCUAUUCAUUCAUGGCGAAUGUCAAAAGAUUUACACAACUACACAACAGAGUUCAAAAAAAAUCAAGAUACUCCUAAUAUUGUUAAAGAAAAAAUUGUUACAAAAGUUGCAGAAAAUUCUAAAACUGGAACUACAGAAUUAAGCAAAGAGCAUUCAAAUAAAAUUCAACAGUUUCCAUUAUCAAGUUAUGAACUUUUUAUUGGAAAACAUUUAGAAAAAGCAGUAGAUAAAUUCAUCGAUUCUAAGUACAAAAAUAAUGUGUCUACAGAUGAGGAGAUAAAUUAUUUGGCAUUUUUUGGUUCAACUACUGAAAUAAAAAAGUUUUUAGCGGAUGAAUAUUCUGCAUUAAAAAAAAAAUCUUCAAAUCAAAUGAUUCCUUGUAUGAACAAUAUAAGUAUAUGGGGUCAAAACUUGGAAGGUUAUUUUAAGGAAGCAAUUGCGACAAAAACUAUUAAUGAUUGGAUGAUAGCAGUUGCUCCAAGUGUUAGUUAUGAAUUAUGGACAAAAAUGUGUGAUGUAUAUGCGGGUCAACUAGAAGAUAUCGGAGAAGUUACUAAAGCAUCAACAUAUUUAGUAGCUAUAAAAAAAUUUAAUGAAGCUGCUAUGUUGUUAUUAAAAAAUAAUUUGUUUCGCGAAGCUUUGGCAGUGGUUAAGAGUCAAGAUAAGCAAAAUGAUGAGAUCAUUUUGGAAAUAACUAAAAAGUGGGCUGAAUAUAAUGUUCUUCAUGGACAUCCUAAAGAAGCUGCCCAUUGUUAUCUGAGUAUUGGAGAUGUGCGAAAUACUAUUUCAUGCCUUAUAAAAAUUAAACAAACUAAAGAAUUGUCUUUAGCUGCCAAGUUAGCUAAGUAUAUAGAUGAAGAUAUGGAAGAAUCUUUAGUUGUUAAUAUACUGAAAACCGAUUAUUUUAGACAUCAUAAAUGGAAUGAAGCUCAAGAACUUUUAAAAAAUCAUCCCAAACUUAAUUAUUUAAACAUGUGGACUAGUGUUCAUGAAGCAAUGUUUGAGUUAGAUCCCAAAGUAACUCAUAAAGCAAUUAAAAACUGGAUUUGUGAUGUAUCAGAUGAAGAAAAUUAUUCAAUUUUAAAUUAUAUUUUGGAGCAUGUGGAGUAUAAACCAGAUUAUUACGACAAAUUACUAAAAAUUGUGGGAUCUGAAUUUAUUUCUGAUGCUUCACUUCUGAUGCCAAUGAUUACUGUGUUCUUGGCUGGGCAGUUAUGUUUAAUAGCCUUACAAUAUCAAAAAACUGGAUUAUUAACCAUAGAUUCUCAAAAGCGUUUAAUAAAAUGUUUUGCACUUGCAUAUAACUAUGAAACAGUAUAUAUAGAUUCUAAUUCAAAAUUUAAUAAGAUCCUCUCAAGAUUGAUAUUGUGGAUUUUUCCUAAAGGACCUUUAACAUUGGAUUCUUAUCCAAAUUUUGAAUUGAAUGAUGAUUUGAUAAAAUCUAUUAGAGCUUAUUUAUGUUAUACUUGUUUUUCAUGGUUGAAACCUUUGUAUACUAGUAUAAAAAAAAAACUUGACUCGCCGAUUGAUGAAGAUUUUACUGAUAAAGAUAACUAUUUUAGUGAAGUUAUUAUUUUAACUCAACAGUUUCAACUAUUAUUUAAUAACUAUAUACAUGAUAUAAUGGAUGUAGAAACUUUAAACUAUUUUAAAGCUAAAAAAGAAAUUGAACGCAUAAAUCAACUACUGACUUCUAGCUCUUCUACAACUAACACUAAUGGGACAUUCAAUGAAAAGUUAAUUGGAUGUGUUAAGACAAUGAAAAGUGUAGAAGAGAAUGAGAAUACUGAGCUUUUAGACAGUAAAGUAAUUAUAACUUCAAAAGCCAAUGACAUAAAAUCUUUAACUGAAAAUUUGAAGGAAUGCAAUAUCGACAAUAGUACUAAUGUUAAUGAUUUAUGCGCACGCAAAGAUCAAGAAGAAUCAAAUGGUUAUUGUAUAUCACUUCAAAAUAAGGAAAUAAAUAAUUUACUCAAUAAUAAUACUAAUAAAAAUUGUGAUACAGCUUAUACAAACGAUAAUUCAACAAAAAUAAAUGAAGCAAAUUUGGAAAAACAAAAUUCUUGUACAAACUCAAAAGAUUUGUUAGUUAUGGAAAACGAAAAAUGUAAAAAAGAGAUAUACCAAUUUUAUCAAAAUAUCAAAUCAGAAAUAGAAAAAUUUAAUUAUUCAAAUGAUCAGUCACCUGUCAAGCAUAUUGCUCAUUUAGAAAUUGAAGCCUCAAAGAAGAAAGAACUUGAACAAAUUGUAGUUGAAUUUGAAAGUAAACGGAUUAAUUCUCCUGAUCCGUUUUCCUUUAUAGCAGAGUUGAAAACAUUUAUCUAUGAUUUUUGUAUCAAUUUAAAAUGUGACAACUAAAUAAUGGCAUCAUUUGCCUUAUAAAAAAAAAUGAUUAUUAUUUAAUCUAUGUGAUACUAUUGUUUUCUUAUUGUUAGUUAACUAACAAUUAUCUUAUAUUUGUUUUUAAAAACUUAAAUAAAUAUAUAUAACAUGUAAUAAUAUUAAGUACAUAAUUAAUUAAAAAUAUAAAUUUUAAU